AUCACACACCCCGACAAUAUUCAAUAAUGCCACCUAAAAGUAGAGCGACAAGCAGACCGGUGGAAGUCCCCGAUGAGGCUCCCCCGACAGCGAGCAUGUUCGACCCAGACAGGCAGUCGGCACCGCGAACACCAGCACAGGCAUCUCGGACUCUCACCGGCGCUGGAAUACCCGCUGUGACAAGCACACCUGCCAACUUCAUCCCUGACACUUCUGACAACUCCUUUCGAUCUGCUAUCCUCAGCGCCUCCCAACUCAACCUUACACCUCAACGACCAGGUUUCUCCGCCCCCAGUGCCGUAGAUCUCAUAACACAAUCCCCGAUUCCAUCUUCCGAUUCACACGAUACUAUCCAAGAGCGCGCCUCAUAUGGACCAGGAGCUCAGAAGACGCCAGUGAAGCCUAGAGGGAUUAUGAUCAGAGAGGAUCCGAGCAUGGUCUCAUCCUUUGACCCGAAGGACGAGGUGCUGUACAAGCUUUGGGUAGACUAAGGCACACUAGCCAUAUAUGUUAAAGAUCUCUUUCAAGAGACUGUUAGUUGUUGGAAUGAGCCAACUGGCCACAGCGAGUCAUCCU